AUGAAGUACCUAGCUCUAGCCCUCGGGCUCUUUGCGCUCUCAGUAGUGUCGUUUGCGGAAGAGGAGCUGUCCGAGACCGGCCAAGCUGUCGUGGCGAAGAUCAGAGCUCUGAAGGAGGAAGAGAAACAACUUUUGGCCUCAAUCACCGAUGAGGAACAGAAGGAUCUGGUCGAGGCUAUCAUCGACAAAGAAGAAGAAGAAGAAGACAACAAGGCCAUUGCCGAGAUAGAGAAGGAGGAGAAGGAAGAAAAAGACGUAGACGCUGUUCGUGAAAACGAGGAAGAUGACGAAGAGGAGGAAAACAAACGUGAGAAGCGUGCUGUCCGUGGAGAGAAGAAGAAGAGGUCCACGAAGGGGAAGAAGACUCGCUGCCCACCGUCGCCGAGCCCAUGCCGCUCGUCAUCGCGCCAAUCUCCGCCGCGCCAGACGCAACCACAGAAUCAAGCAGAUCCGUGCUCUCCAGAAGCGACGAGGAUAAAUUACUACCACUGUUCGCAUCUUAAUUAUUGA